GUAGUAGAUGAAAAACAGACAGAGAAUUUGCCUUUUGAUAUUCGUCAUAAUUUAAGCCAUGUCACUCUGCAAGAAUGGAAUCUUUUCGAAAGCCAGAGUUCUUAAGAUAUGAUCCCUUUGAGAACUACAGGAAGAACUUGAGGCGGAGAGUGGCAAGCUUCCCGAUAACAGUGAGGGAGAUCCCCGCGGUCCUGCUCGCUUCCUACUGCGGCAAAUCGGUUGAUGAAUGAAAUGCUAAGACUACUGCUAAACAGAAACAAGAUUAAAGCAAAACAGCAGUGCUGCCUUUAUGGCUCUCUUAUUGCCACCAAACAGGUCACCUCGCGUUCGAUACUAAGCUGUGUACAGGACAGUGAAUGCCUGCAUCACAAAAAGUAACGCUGUUAAAAUUUGCAUAAACUGUAUGACUUAUAAACUGCUAAGAGAAUUAACCUGGUCGUUAAAAAGCUUUGGACAUUCUGCUUACAGCGUGACCAGGUAGUUGUCUAUGUCGAACAUACUCAAGGUGUAAUAAUGAGAGUAUCCUUUAAUGUCCUAGACGGCUCGAGCCGACGUAUCGCUUUCUCUAACUUACGGUUAUGUAUGUAUUCUUGCAGCUAUACGAUUGCAUAAACUGCAGAUAAAUAUUCUAGCGUGUAGCCUUUCGCUUCAGCUUGUUGGCCAAUCUGAAUAGGGAAAACCCCAUUGUGUGUACGCAUUCGUGUGUAUAACUGAAGAGAGAGAGAAGAGAAACUGACUUCAGAUCAAUGCAGGACAUCGCAGCAGUUUGCAGUAGCCUGUUUUCAGUCCUGUCUCAUUGCUCGGUGUGCAUUAUUAUUGUAUAUGGCAUAGUACUAUCGUAAGCAAACAGGAGCAUAGUUUUUAUGAGAGUGAGACAGUGCCUUUUUGUAAUAUUACAUUGGUCAGUCUAUACUAAGGUGGUUACGGUGUUAUUUUUAUUUUUUGCGUGGUUUAUCUUAAUGGCUUAAUGGCUUGAAGUAUAUUAUCCACUGGUAUGGCAUACACAUAGGAAAAGCAAGUUCUCAGUCCGUGAUAUUUAGUAGCAGUCCGUUUUUACUUUAACAAAUAAACCAGAUUGAUCAAACGACUGUUCUUUCGCGGACCUGUAAAAUGUAUUAAGAUGCCACCGGGAUGACUAAAAGUGAGAGAUUAGGGGAGCACCUUUAGGAUUGAUGACAAUGACCAUGAGCGAUAAUCACACUGAACCAUCUGCGCCGCUUGACCUCAGAACCAAGGCAAGAGAGGUAGGGAGCUGCACAGAGCCAUCGCCAAGCAGUGAAGGUCGUUCAAGGGAUACCACCAAGGUAGGGGUGGAAUGCAGCUCCAGAGGAUCAACUUCAGUUUCCACCACAAUAAAAACGGACAGUAGUCAAUACAAGGACAGUCAUGUCCAAGCCAUCAUGCACUCUAACUUGAAGUGUGCCAGAGAAGCUGACAGUAAUUUGAAGUCUUCGGAGACCUCGCCAUCAAAACUUCCUUUAAGAAAACGUCCUUUCCCUCCGGACAGCAAACCUGUAGAGGAGUCAGGAAGUCAUGUGGAAGAGCUAGUGACAAUUGAUCCAAAGACGGACUCGAGAAUAAGGCCAAGUCCUGCAAAAGUUCCAAAAUGCAACAGUCUCCGGAAUCGUUCAAAUGUGGAGACACAGAAGCAUCAGUUCGUGUCAGCCCUGGUUCCUGCUGCUUCUCACUGUGUUGACGAUACUCAACUACCGCAAACUGUUCCACCAUAUUGCUAUACAUACAUUCUAUCUCAUCCAUACACAAGAUUUUCUACUCCUCUGCACCUGUCUGAGGAUACAGAUUGUCUGCUAGAUGAGGUUGCUUUGGCAACACGCCAGGAUGAAGAUGGUGACACGGCUCUGCAUAUCGCUGUCGCUCAGGAGAAAGAGGCUGUGGUUCACUGGCUCAUUCACAUAUUACAUCGAGCUCGCAAAGACUUGGACGUGUAUAAUAACCUCAGACAGACUCCUCUGCAUCUGGCCGUCAUCACGCAUCAGCCUGGAAUAGUGGCGUCUCUCCUACAAGGUGGGGCUGAUCCAGGGGCGCUGGACCGCAACGGGCAGACUACACUGCAUCUCUGCUGUGAGCAUAACCAGGGGACAUGCUUGUCCAUCAUCCUCUGCCACCUGUCUCGCUCCCCAUGCUGCCAUUCAGGCCUCCUCGACAGUAGGAACUACGAGGGCUUGACUCCUCUACACCUGGCUGUUCAGGACAGAAAUAAGAAACUGGCCAAAAUGUUACUGGACAAUGGAGCUGACAUCAAUGCUGUGGACAUUAAGAGUGGUCGCAGUCCACUGGUACAUGCUGUGGAGAUCAACUGCAUGGACAUGGUUAAAUUCCUUAUUGAGAAUGGCUGUAAUGUGAAUUCCCAGUCAUACAGUGGUAACACAGCCCUUCAUAUGGCCUGUGGCCGUGGGGAGGUGGAAGUAGUCCGAGUCCUCCUGAAGAAUGGUGCUGACAGCAGUCUAAAGAACUACCACAAUGACACUGCUGUCAUGGUGGCCAAGAACAAAAAGGUCUCUGAUGUGCUACGUGGGAAGGCUACUCGAGGCUACAUUUUGAAAACUGAGCAGAGGUUUAAUGAUUCUCCAUCUCCAAACAAUUUAAGCCAUUCUCCACUGGCCACACCCAUCCCUCAGUGCAGUGCUUCUCUCUCUCCUGUAGCUCUUCGCACACACUCACCACACAGUCAGUCUGGUGAAAGCAUAUCUGGGAAUCAGUCACCAAUGGAAACUCAAGAAGAGGAAGAUCUGCAAAUGAGACCACAGACAUUUCAUGAUAUAGUACCAGACAGAGUGGACUGUCGGAUGUCUUUUCGUUCUUUUCACGUUUUACCAUCUCACUAUGAUACAUUUUUGCCCUCUGCUCCUCACAUAAAUGUAGAGGCUUUCGUGCCAUCUCAGCCACUUUACUACCCACCUGAUGUGCAAAGGCCUCUUUAUCCCUCUGAUGCACCUUUAAUCAUCUUCCCAGCAAAUCUUGGAAGGGUCGCACCACCUGGAAGGGGAGGCCCACCUUCACAAUCCAUUGCCACACAAUCACAGCCCUCCAGUCAUAACUGUGACCAGUCAGAUAUAUCUAACACGAGUGUGAGCAGUGAGGGAAAAGGUAUAAGUUGACUGUGAUUUUCUAGACUGCUUAUAAUUGCACAUGCUCUGUUUUAUCCUAUUACCACUCUGAGGAUUAACAUAUACUUACAGUGAUGAUCACAGAAAAUGAAUAGAUGUGGCAGGCCCAUCUAAUGAGAUGUUUUUAUUUUAUGUAGCCUAUAAUUUAUGGUUGGCCAGAUUGCUGUCUUAAUUCCACACUUUUCAUUAUGUUAGCAUUUCCAUCACAUAUUUAUACAUUUUAAACCUGUGAAAAUGAAUCAUUUAUGAAAUGAUGUGCAUGAUAUUAUUAUUAAUAAUAUUAUGAUAUGAAAGAAUUAUCACUGGUUGUAAGGUCACUGCAAACAAAGGAAUGAUGAUUUUCAUUAACUCAGGUGGAAAGUCCUCCAUAAGUUACUAAUUGUGACAUAUAAACUUAUUUGUGUAUGUAGUUAUGAGCUCUAAGUUGAAUAUAUGAAAAAAUGGCAAAUACUGAGAGAUGAAAAUAAAUAUUUUUUCUACA